AUGGAGUCCUUGGCAACACUAGUUGCUGCUGCUUUCUUCUUCUUAUCGGCCGCGGUGUUCCUGCGACGCAGGAUUAUCAUGUUCUGUGCCGGCCGUGCAUCGGCGCCGGCGCCAGUAAUCCCGCAGCAGCGGCUAAUAACGAUCAGCGAUGCCACUAUCACCCAGCGCGCGCUGGUCGACAAUGCCGACGUCUUCUCGAACCGUCCUUCCGCGCUCUUCGGCAAACGUCUGGUGACUGGCUACCGGCGGCGACGGAGUGACAACAUAAUCUCCGCUCCCCAUGGCCGGUUCUGGCGUGCUCUGCGGUGCAACCUCUCCUCCCAAGUCAUCCACGCCACGCGCAUCGCUUCAUUUGGCCCGCUGCGACGUGCAGCAGUUGACACCGUCGUCACUGACCUGCGGCAGUCAGCAGCCAAGGGCAAGGUGGUGAUCAUGGUCCGUGACUGCCUCUACGCCGCCGUGUUCUCCAUGGUUGCACGCUUGUGCUUCGGCGCUGUGGACGAGGUUCAGGUACGUGCCAUGCAGCGUGUCAUCCAGGGCUUCGUGCAGGCCGUCGGGGAAACCUUGUCUUCCAACAAGCAGCCUGAGCUUGGGAAGCUAGUUCGCUGGUCCUGGUCGGGCAGGGAUUACGUCUCCUUCCGCCAACGGCAGGCCGAGCUUUUCCUCCCUCUCAUCGAGGCACGGCGGCAUUCGUCUCCAAACUGCAACGAGGAUGGGGAAGUACGUUCGUACAUAGAUUCCCUCCUCGAUCUCCGCGUCCCCAACGUCGAGUUCGACGACCAGCUCGACGACGACGAGGACAUGAUCCGGCGACCGCUCACGGACGACCAGUUGGUGAGCCUUGUGUCGGAGUUCCUUGGUGCUGGCACGGAGACUGUGGUGGCCAGCAUCGAGUGGACACUGGCUCACCUCGUGACCAAACCGCAGAUCCAGAACAAACUACGCCGCGAGGUCAUCGCCAACUGCGACGGCAAGUGUCCGUCUCCGUCCGAGGAGAGAGACAUACAGAUGUUUCACCGCAGCGUGAUGCCGUACUUGCACGCCGUGGUGCUGGAGAGCCUCCGCAUGCACCCGGCGGUGCCAUUCGCCAUACGCGAGGUCCGCACCGAGGCCGGGGUGGUGAUUGGCCGGACGACCAUGCCGGACGGCGGCCUGCGGGUGCACUUUUCGUUGGGGGCCAUUGGAAGGGACUCCAAGACAUGGCCCGAUCCCGACGAGUUCCGUCCAGAACGGUUCCUUGCCGGAGGCGAGGAGGAGGACGUUGGACCGUUGCCGGGGCCCAAGGAGAUAAAGAUGAUGCCGUUCGGCGCGGGGCCGAGGUACUGCCCGGGCAUGGGUCUGGCGAUGCUAAACGUCAAGUGCUUCAUGGCAGCGCUGGUGCGCGACUUCGAGUGGGCCGACGAAAGCAGCGUCGACCUCACGGAGCUCGACGGGUUCUUCAAAGUGAUGAAGAAGCCACUUCGUGCCCAUGUCACGCCACGAGCUUCUUUCCUGAAGCACUGA